GCCGUGGCGGGAGGUGGAAGGCGCCGGCGGAGCGCGGGAGGCGGCGGCCGUGGAGGGAGGUGCCGGCGGAGCGCGGGAGGCGGCGGCCGUGGAGGGAGGUGCCGGCGGAGCGCGGGAGCCGGCGGCCGGCAGAGGGUAUCGGGGGAAAGGGAGUUCGCUUACGAGAUAAGCGUCUCCCGAGCUGCUUACCAGAAAAUCGGAGAUCCAGUUGUUUUGUGGAUUCUGGGCUAAGCCGCUUGUGUGCUAAGCGAAAAAUAAGCGAGGCGUUUGGGUGGGAUUUUCGCUUAUUUUCGCCCAUAAGCCGCUUAUAAGCGGAUACAAACAGGACCGUCGUCAGGCUGGGCAUGGGUAGGCGAUUCGGGGUCAGGGUUUAGGGUUUAGACUAAGACCCCUCUCUCCGGUCUCCUUCAUGGCGUCUGCAUCUCGUGUGAGGGUUGGCACUCUAGUUCCCCUUGCCAAGGACAAUGCUGGCUCAUCAAAUGGAUCCAUAUCAACCAUUCCCAUCUUCGAGGGGUCCAAUGUCGUCGGGAGGAAUCAUUUGGUUGUCGCCGACAAGAGGAUUAGCCGCAAACAUCUGAGCCUCCGGACCUCUGCUGACGGUUCCAUUGAAGUCGCAGUGGAAGGACCGAACCCUAUAGUUGUGCAAUCCAAGGGGCAGAGGAGGAAGGUUUGCGCUCUGGAGAAAGCCAGGAUUGCACAUGAUGAUGUCCUCGAACUGAUUCCUGGUGAUUAUUUCAUGAAGUAUGUGAAUCUUGGUGAUGAACAUCAAAGUUCAGUACCAAUGGACUUGGGUAGCAUAAAGAAGGAAAGGAGGCAUAGCGAGGAAGAUAGUGCAGCAGUCAAGAGGAAUCGACAGAUCAUGGAAGAUGAGGCUCUGGCAAGAACACUGCAGGAAAGCUUCACAGAAGAGAAUACAACUGUUUCCGGCAUGACUUCUGGCCAAAAAAUAAGUCCACCUGAUAGUGCUGGUUCUUCUGGAAAACAUAAUGAAAGAAUGCACUCUGUUGAUCCUUUGAAAGAUAUGCUCUCAUUAACUUUCCGGCUCAUGCGGGUCCAAGGUCUUCCAUCAUGGACUAACACUUCUUCAGUUACCAUUCAGGAUGUCAUACAGGGUGAAGUGCUUCUUGCUGUACUCUCAAAUUACAUGGUGGACAUGGAUUGGUUGCUUUCUGCAUGUCCAAGUUUGAGAAAAGUUCCACAUGUCCUAGUCCUACAUGGACAAGAUGGUGCUUCAGUAGAGCUUAUGAAGAAACUGAAGCCUGCAAAUUGGAUCCUUCACAAACCUCCACUCCCAAUUUCAUUUGGAACACAUCAUUCUAAGGCCAUGUUGCUUGUAUAUCCUCAAGGAAUCCGUAUUGUUGUGCACACAGCAAAUUUGAUACAUGUUGACUGGAAUUACAAAAGCCAGGGGCUAUGGAUGCAAGAUUUUCCCUGGAAAGACACAAAGGAUCUGAAUAAAAAAGCUCCAUUUGAGAAUGAUCUAGUUGAUUAUCUUAGUGCACUUAAGUGGCCUGAGUUCAGAGUAAAUCUCCCAGAGGUUGGUGAUGUCAACAUCAAUGCAGCAUUCUUUAGGAAAUUUGACUAUAGUAAUUCAAUGGUCAGGUUGAUUGGAUCAGUUCCUGGUUAUCACGUGGGCCCCAAUAUUAGAAAGUGGGGCCAUAUGAAGCUUCGGAAUGUUCUUGAGGAAUGCAUGUUUGAUAAACAAUUUUGCAAGUCCCCUCUAAUUUAUCAGUUUUCUUCCUUGGGGUCACUUGAUGAGAAAUGGAUGAGUGAAUUUGCAUACUCGCUGUCAGCUGGUAAAUCAGAUGAUGGAUCACAGCUAGGUAUCGGGAAGCCACUGAUUGUCUGGCCUACAGUGGAAGAUGUCCGUUGCUCAAUAGAGGGUUAUGCAGCUGGUAGUUGCAUUCCAAGUCCUCAAAAGAAUGUUGAGAAAGACUUCUUGAAGAAAUAUUGGUCCAGGUGGAAAGCGGACCAUGUAGGUCGUUGUCGGGCAAUGCCUCACAUAAAAACGUUUACUCGUUACAGUGGUCAAAACAUUGCAUGGUUUCUGCUUACGUCAUCAAAUUUAAGCAAAGCUGCUUGGGGUGCGCUGCAAAAGAACAACACACAGCUGAUGAUACGCUCAUAUGAGCUAGGUGUAUUAUUCUUGCCCCAAACACUCCAAUCUGUACCUCAAUUCUCGUGCACGGAGAGGAACGCUUCAAACCGGGAUGGCCUCGCCCUUGGCAAGACAAUCAAGACCAAGCUGGUCACGCUCUGCUGGAAAGGCGACGAAGAAAAGGAACCGUCUACGAAGACCGUCAGAUUGCCUGUGCCGUAUCAACUCCCUCCACAACCUUACGGCACAGAAGACGUCCCUUGGUCAUGGGAUCGGAGGUACACAAAGAAGGAUGUGUAUGGUUCAGUCUGGCCGCGUCAUGGGUAGUACCGUCUGUAUUCCCAGUGGACGAUUCCCAACCCUGUUCCAGUGUUAACGGCGAUAAAGCCAGUGGUUUAUUUGGUCUCUCACUGGGCAAUUCUAUUCUAAUUCGAUAAAGCCAGGUGCUGAAAACACAUGACCUGUGUGUAACUUUGGAUAUUUUCAUCCUAUCGUGGCAACGGAUAUUUCCAUCCUCC